AUGACCAUCCUGGAAUGUGCGUGAAUCGGAGGGGGGCAGGAUACGGGAUGCUCAGCCAACUUGAACAUAUUGCUUAGGGUCAGGACUAUGGAUGAUGCUGAAGUUCUUAAAAAGAGAGGCUACAUCAUGGGGAUCAACCUCGGAGAAGGGUCUUACGCCAAGGUGAAAUCGGCCUACUCAGAUCGGCUGAAGUGCAACGUGGCCGUCAAGAUCAUCGACAAGAGGAAGGCUCCUCGGGACUUCUUGGAGAGGUUCCUCCCCAGAGAGAUAGAGAUGCUGGCCAGGGUGAAGCACCCCUGCAUCAUCAAGACCUAUGAGAUCUUUGAGACCUCCGACGGCAAAGUCUACAUCGUGACGGAACUGGGCGUGCAAGGAGACUUGCUGGAGUUCAUCAAGAAGAGAGGAGCCAUUCCUGAAGACGUAGCCCGCAAAAUGUUCUACCAGCUCGCCAACGCCAUCAAGUACUGCCACGAGCUGGACAUUGUCCACCGGGACUUGAAAUGCGAGAACCUUCUUCUGGACAAAGAAUACAACAUCAAACUGACGGACUUUGGCUUUUCCAAGAGAGUCGCCCGCGACGAAGAUGGCAGGGUGGUCCUCAGCAAGACUUUCUGUGGUUCAGCGGCCUAUGCGGCCCCGGAAGUGCUGCAAGGCAUCCCUUACCAGCCGAAGGUUUACGACAUAUGGAGCUUGGGGGUGGUCCUGUUCAUCAUGGUGUGUGGCUCGAUGCCUUACGAUGACUCAAACAUUAAGAAAAUGCUCAAGCUACAGAAGGAGCACCGGGUACACUUCCCCCGGUCCAAAGUGCUGUCGGUCGAAUGCAAAGAUCUCAUUUACCGCAUGCUCCAACCCGACGUCUCCCGCCGACUCUGCAUCGACGAGGUUUUAAUGCAUGUGUGGAUGCAGGACCAGAGAUCCGCUUCGGACACCACGCUCAUGAAGUCGGGGGAAUGCUCCCACCACCAUAAUCAGAUAAGGGCCAUGUUUGGGAAGGACUCGUCGGGGCCGGAGCCUUCGGACAACGAGCAAAUUCUCCAGGAAGAAAGGCAUGCAGACUUGGAUGUCCUCUCUGACAAGAUGCAAAGGACUUGUCUUUGAAAAAUCCAGCAGCCCAGCGACAAGCAGAGGUGAAUAGGACAGUGGGUUUCUGUAGCACCGCCAGUUCCAGAGACCUCUUUAAAGACUACAUCCUGAAAACUUUUUUUGGAAAGAGAUAAAAACAAUUUGGGAGGCAUUUUCUUUUCUUUUCUUUUGGUCAACAUCAAGUCCUUUCAGAUUGUUGUUGGCCACAGGAGCCAACAACAUCUGCACCUCUCAACAUUUGCAAGAUGCACAAUGUUGGAUGGAGAGGGAAUAGAUUUUUCUCACCCUUUUUUAAUCCUCUGUAAACAACCGCACCAUGCAGCUUAAAGCGCU